CAUUUUCCUCCAAAUUUGGGGUUGAGAAAAUGGUGCAAAAACCCUUUCUAAAUUUAGCACAAGACACCAACUCACCCACAAUUGGCUUACGCACCUUCUCUCCUCUAGAUCAAAGACCCUUAUUAUCAUUUCUUCACAUCCCUAUCCAUUUCUUUUUUCUGGUACAGCUUUUUCUGGGGGUUUCCAAUUCGUAACCGGCCUCCAUUUGGGUCCCCAGAAAUUGCUUGAAUUCCUCCAUUACAGCCCAUGCCAGCUACUUCUUGUUCAACACUACAGGGACCUUAUGUUCAUCUUUAAGUAACCAGCACAUCUUCCGGCAUAAUGGGAUUGAAAUUUUCAAAGGAGCCACGAAAGGCUGAAAGCUCAGCUUUAAUCCAUACACAACUUCAUUUUCUCAAUUAUCUUACAAAAAGUUCUUACAUUCGUAACUUGGUAUCCAAGAAAAGGAGGAGAUUGCUUGUUGGUGGCUACGACCUCGAUAUGUCAUAUAUCACAGAACGUAUAUUAGCAAUGUCAUUUCCAGCAGAACGCAUGCGAGCAAUGUACCGAAACCCCCUCUGGCAGGUCAAGUCUGUACUUGACAUGAGACAUCCAGGGCAUUACAAGAUAUUUAAUCUAUGCAUAGAAGAAGCAUAUGAUCCAUUGCACUUUCACGGCCGUGUGGAAAGAUUUCCUUUUGACGACAAUCAUGUCCCAUCUAUACAUAUGAUCAAACUUUUCUGUGAAAGUGUAUAUUCAUGGCUGGUUCGUGACCCAAAAAACAUUGCUGUUGUGCAUUGUAUGGCGGGUAAAGGUCGGACAGGCUUAAUGGUAUGUGCUUACCUUGUUUAUUGUGGCAUGUCAGCAGAAGAGGCUUUGCAGCUAUAUGCACAUAAGCGGACUACUAAUAAUGAAGGAGUGUCUAUACCAAGCCAACGUCGUUAUGUUGGAUACUGGGGCAAAAUAGUUUCUUUUCCUAGAAGACAUGAGAAUGGACUACAUGAGAUCGGACCUCCUGAUGUUAUAUUGCCUCAACAAUGUAUCAGGGAAUUGCGGCGCAUUAGACUUUACGACAUAGUGAACACCAGUUCAGUUUUCUUUGUGCUUUCUGAACUACAAGAGGUCCCUAAUCAACUGUACCAACCACCUGUAGAAGUUUUCAAGGGCUGUUGCAGAGAAAUGAAGAAGGGGCAUCAGAGAACAAACAGUCCUCAGUACUACCUCUCUUUCAUAGAUGGCGAUGAAGGAGAGAAAUUACAUGAAGAAGAACCUCAUGUUGUCGUUCAAAUGGACACAGAGAGUUACAUGAUCUAUCAGAAAACUUGCCUUGACUAUUAUUUUGAGAAACCUGUGCAGGUCAGCGGAGAUGUACGUAUCAUAUUCUACCAAAAACUGAUUGGAGGCCGCCUUUUUUACGCCUGCUUCAAUACAUCAUUCAUUAAGAAUGGUUUGCUACAGAUGAAUGAAAAUUUUCAGUUUUCUUCCCGGGAUUUGGAUAAAGUUGGGAGCAAAGGGAGAUCAAUCUGCGGCCCGGCUUUCUGCCUGGAACUUCUAUUUGGUCCUGCUAACACAAAAUGCGCCAUGUUUUCAUCAUCUGAUGAUGAAAUAACAGAGAAUUCAUCCUGACAAAUAUAAGUCUUUAUUUGAAGGAAAUCAUAAGCUACCUCUUCUGGUACAUGUAUACACACACUUCAGCCUGUAAUUUUUUCUCAGAAAAUGGUGAUAAACCUCUUUAGUGUUGCCGUCUACUUUUUUCUCUUUUUCUUUUUCCAUGGAUGGCAGGGGAGAACAAAAUUUUGUGUAUAGAUUACUGAAUAUACACACAAUUUAUACACCUCAAUUUUGUAAAUUUGGUAGUC